CUUUCUUCGUUAUUAUUAAAAGAACAAAAAUUAAAAAUAUAUAAAAAAAAUAAAGAAAAUCAGAGAUAGAGACUGAUUGAAAGAAUAAACUGAAAGAAAUCAUACAAUAAGAGAAUGAUUCGUCCAUUACUUAUACUAGUUAACGUGUUACUGAUCUUUAUAGCUUCAUCUGCUGUAGUCUUAGCUUCUUAUUUAGCUUUUACUCCUUCCUACAUAACGCUUUAUAGGGCUGCCGAAUACGAAGUUGAUAAGAAUCCUAGCCAAAAAGCACAAGUGAAUAUCAUCCAAGUUGCAGUUAUUUCAAUGAUAUCAUUAUUCUUUUUUGUCUAUGUGGGAGCCAUAGUAGGUUUAGCUGGAGCUAUAACUAAAGAUAGGGUUGCAUUGGGCAUUUACAUGGUUCUAUUGGCUUUAUUGUUUGUCUUAAAGGUAAAAAAAAGAAGGGGAGGGAGAGAGAAAUUACAUGUUUUUGAAAAAAGAAACCUAAUUUGUCUUGCACUUUUUCAGCUCGUCAUUGUUAUUUAUGUGGCAGUUAGUGAGCCUCUCAAUCCUUUUAUUCCAUCUAUAGUAGAAAUUUAUAAAAGAUCAUUCGAUCCGGAAGAUACCGACAGGAAUCAGGGAAAAGUUAUUUUAUGGAGGAAAGCCAUUCACAAAGUGCAAGAAAACUUCCAAUGUUGUGCUUUUAAAAGUAUCACUGAAUAUGCUGCAGCCGUUGCUCCCGGGGACGUGUCAGCUGCUGCUCCAUUUCCUCGAUCUUGCUGUAAAACCUACGAUCCGGAUAAAAAUGAUUUUUAUGACGAAGAUUGCUAUAAGCAGAUGAUAACGUAUAUAAGACACGUUAAUAUUACUAAAGAUCCUUUCCGUAAGGCAAAUUUUCCCAAUCUACCACCUACUAGUACCUUUCAUAACGGAACCUGUUUGGCUACAGUUAAAAGCUAUCUGAAUAAGAAUAAGUUAUUUAUGAUUCUUUCAUUUGCAAUCCUUCCCUUUCUUCUCCUUAUCUUCUUGGUUUGUGCCUGUGUAGUUUGUAAAAAGGCAAAGGUACCGGAGGAGGCACUAAAUGUAACAGAUUCAGCAAUACCUGUCGGUGCUAGUAGUAUUAAUCGAACUGUAUCUGGGAUGAGAAUGCAAAGAGCAACAAAGAGUAAGAGCGGAGGCAUAUUAUCGAGAAGGGACAACGAUAAUUUUUUGGAGCAUGAGGAUUUUAUCUAAUCAACGAUAGAUUAAUAGUUUGAAGGCAAAUAUGAAUAAUUUUUGAUGAAUCAACUAUUCCAGUGGCAGAUAAUUGAAAAAGAAAUAAAUAGAUCACAAAUUUUAAUUUUG